AUGGCCACCAUGGUGCAGCCGGCGAUGCCGCCUGUGCACACUGCAUUGGAGUACAGCCUGCAGAAGUACCUCCUGCUGCUGGCCACCAUGGUGAUUACCGUCACUUACGCCGCUGGCUUCAACACGCCGGGAGGAGUCUGGCAGGUCACCCAUGAAGGCAAACUUGCCGGCGACCCCAUCAUCCUCGAAACCCACUACCACCGGUACCUCUCCUUUUACUACUGUAACGCCACAGCAUUCGGCGCAUCCCUCGUGGUCAUGGUCUUCAUCGUCAUCUUAACCGUCCGGCACGACGAGGAGAAGAGGAGGGGGGAGAUGGACCCCUUCCAGUCCGUCGUGCUGCUGCGGGUCUUCAUGCUGCUAGUCGUGCUCAGCCUCAUGGGCGCCUACGGCACCGGCACAUGCCGGGACAAGAGCUCCACCGUCUACUUUGCGGUGCUGGUGGCCGCCGUCUUGCUCUACAUCCCCGUCGUCAAGUUGCUGGAUCUAGACUGUUGGGUUACAGACAAGCACGAGGACCCGGUGAUGCUCAAAGCCCAAGAACGGCUCCGCAAGCUCCUGAUGCUCCUGGCGACGUUCGCGGUGAGCAUCACCUACUGCGCCGGGCUGAACACUCCGGGUGGCUUCUGGGACAGCACUGGGGGCGGCCACCACCCCGGCGAUGUGAUUCUCAAGGACCACCACAACGCGCGCCUGACGGUAUUCUUACUCUGCAACACCACGGCGUUCGUGGCGUCCCUGCUCAUCAUUAUGCUGCUCAUCGUCAACAGCAAGAAGCUCCAUGCUCUGUCUCUCGUGCUCUAUGCGUGUAUUGUCGUCACGCUUGUCGGCCUCAUCGGCGCAUAUGUCGCUGGCAGCUGCAGGAAGACCAGUACCACCGCCCAAGUGGUCGGCCUGGCCGGCGGCGCCGUGGCAUUGGCAUACAUCCUACGCUAUACUUUACCGUCAAAAUCCUUGUCUUGUUGUUCGAGUGGAGAAACACGAUUUUUUGCAACUCACCACAGUGCUGAGGAAGAGGCUAUGGACAAUGCUCACCCUCUUGUUGUACUCCUCGCCACUCUUGCUGCCACCAUCACCUACACAGCAGGCUUGGACCCGCCGGGUGGCCUUUGGCAGGACGACGGCGACGGGCACAUGGCCGGAGAUCCCAUGCUCCUCACGACCAACGCUGGGAGGUACAGGGCCUUCUUUUACUGCAACUCCGUUGCAUUCGUGACCUCCUUGGUGGUCAUCGUCCUGGUCCAGAUGGGGAAUCUGGUUAGGCACCAUAUGCUCUUGACAGCAAUGAUACUCAACCUGUUUGGCCUUAUUGGUGCGUAUGCUGCCGGGAGCUGCCGGGACGUGAGCACCUCCAUUUACGCCAUGGCCUUGACAGGUGCCGUCCUGGUCUAUGUGGUGAUCCAUAUUGUCUUCUUCACGCUGGACCACAAGGACAAGAAAGACAAUUAUCAAGAAGAAAAGUUGCUGGAGAAGAGGCGCAAACGGUUGCUCCUCUUUGCGGUCUUGGCAGCGACCAUCACCUACCAAGCCGGCCUCACCCCUCCUGGCGGAUUCUUGCUCCAGGACAAGCUCGGGCACCACGCUGGCGACCCGGUCCUCUUGUACAACUACCCGCGCCGCUACAAUGCCUUCUUCUACUCCAACUCGGUGAGCUUCAUGCUGUCCAUCACCCUCAUCAUCCUCUUGGUGAACCCCAACCUGUAUAGGCCAGCCAUACGAAGCAAUGCGCUAUCUGUUUGUAUGGUGGUGGGCUUGUUUUGUUCUAUGGGGGCCUACGCUGCCGGAAGCACGCAACACCGCAAGACAUCCAUCUACGUCUUCAUGUUGGUGGCCAUGGUUCUCUCCUUGUUUUACUGA